UGGCAACGAACACGCGAUCGCCUUCUCGUCGUCGUUCUUACGAAAGGGGAAAAAGAAGAAGAGCUACAGAGAGUGAGAGGAUGGACAACUUGGCCGAGAAUUUUCCUGUGCGCCAUAGACAGUUCUCACUCGAAAUCAAGGGAAACAAGACAGACACGGUUAUUUGCAACUAUGAAGAUCAUAUCCUUGUGUUAGUGACACAGAUUGGAACCAUGGGAACCAUAUUGCACGCGAGGAAGGAAGAAGGGAUGUCCGUUGAACCAACAUUUAGUGUCUCUGUCAUAUUUGGGAAGCGGGAUGAACCACUGCUCACAGCAACUGCUCGCAAACUCAUUGAACAUAUAAGUCAUUCUGUCCCCUCGAAGCCACUGGUUCUAUCACUCGGUCUCAAAGAACAUUCGGCGGAGACGUUGAAGGAAAUUGUUGCGGCUGUGAUUGAGAAUCGCCUCUGGUAACACUUGUGCUGUUUCCCCAACCUCUACUUUCAUAGUAGAGGUAACCCUCUUGUCCUAUAGUUUCUGCUUUUGUCCUCCCCCCCUUUCUGGUCGUCCCUACAAGGAAUUGCAGAAUCUUUGUUUCAUUGGGCGUGCAAAAAAUAUACUAUUUUUUCGCCUUCUUUUUAAUUUAAAAAUCCUUGGAUUGUGUUAGAUGGCACAUGAAUUGCAGAAUCUUUGUUUCAGAAGAAUUGUACAUUAGAUAAAGGCAACAUAUGCGAGUUCUUGUGGGUUUUUGUC